AUAGCGUGCAACUUUUAACUAAAUUAGCUUUUUUAACUGCAUUCGCUGUGUAGUGCAGUGCCUUUGACGACAAGAAAGAGCAAGUUAUACAGAUCCGAAACCUUUUUUUGCUUAAAUUUGAGUUUUAGAAUGACACUACAAACUUGUUUAUGGAUAGUCACUUGGAGUGCAAUGAUUUUCUGUGGUGCCUCUUCUCAAAAUAACUCCUGUGGUGAGCGCAAGAUUCUUCCUGGACCUCAGACUCCACAGACACUAAUUGUUGGUGGAACAGAAUCUACACCAAACUCAUGGCCAUGGAUGGUGAGUUUGACUCGUGGAGGCUUUCUUCAUUGUGCAGGAUCAAUUAUUGACGAAUAUUGGAUUCUGACAGCAGCUCACUGUCUUGUACAAUCAACACAACCACCAACUUUCCGUAACGAUAUUACAAUAAAUGUCGCAGAUCAUAGAACAGAUUCCACUAGUGUGUAUGAGUAUUCAAUCAUACCAGAAUUCACAUAUGUUCAUCCCAAAUACUACAUAAACGGUCCCAUAUUUUUUGCUGACUAUGAUAUCGCUUUGAUAAAAUUACCAACACCUUUAAACUUUACUGAUCGGGUGCAGCCUGUUUGUCUUGCAAGUAAAGAUGAUGUUUUUGACGGGAAUGAUACAUGUUUUGUAAUUGGUUGGGGACGUACUGCAUCUGGCUUGAUUUCUCCAUACUUACAAGAAGUGGAGCUCAAUUUGGUCAGUCUUCAGGAGUGCAAUAGUUUAAGUUUCUUUAACGGAAGAGUGUCGCCAAGGUCUGUCUGCGGUGGUCGUAAGUCAGGUGGAGUUGGUGCCUGUAAUGGCGACAGUGGAGGACCUUAUCAAUGUAAACGAAACAACACUUGGCUGCAAGUGGGAAUAGUUUCAUGGGGAAGAUCUUGUGUACAAGCUAGGUAUUACAGCGUAUUUAUGGAUGUCAAAAGUUUUUUGGAGCCAUUUAUUAAAGUAAUUCAAAGAGGACAAAACCCUAAUCUAACCAUGUACUACGCAAGAACAAUUGGAGAUGUGGUGCCAAACGAAGGAGAACGUUAUUCCUCUAAUCUUUCGUGUUUACUGACAAAUAAUGGAGAAUUUUCUGAUAUCGACAUGGUCAGAUAUUUUCGAGCACUUCCUUAUCAGAUUGAAUUGGUCAAGCAAACUACCUUACUUGAUCUUGUUAGGGUAUCUGAACUGCAAAAUUUAGCUUCAAACACAACGACUUUACAACAAAUCGCCACAGUUCUUGUCCAUCAGAUAAGUAACUUGUAUGCUUAUUAUGCAUCUGGAAGAGCAGGAUGGGGUGCUGGUUUUUGCUCUUUUGAAAACGGAAUUGGCACGUCAGAUUGUCGCUAUCAUAAUAUCGCAUUUCUGGAUAAUUUUGACUGGAGUGUUCGAUCAGGAUCAACCCCAAGUUCUGGUACAGGACCUAGUUCUGACAGACGAGGAUCUACGACUGGUAAAUACGCAUAUAUAGAGACGUCCUCUCAAUCAACUGGUGAAAGAGCUUGGUUGGCUAGUAGUUACUUUCCUCCUUCUAUGAAAUGUUUUACUUUUUGGUACCAUAUGUACGGAUCGGCAAUUGGCUCUCUCAACAUAUAUCAACAAGCACUAGGAGGAGGGAUGGUGUUACUGUGGACAUUACAUGGUAAUAAAGGAAACGUUUGGUUUAGGGGUCAAGUUGGAGCAAACUUCAAGGAAAAUCAAACAAGGAUAGUCAUUGAAGGUGUAGAUGGUAACAGUUAUACUGGUGAUAUUGCAUUGGAUGAUCUGUAUCUAACAAAUGGAUCAUGUCCCACUCAUCCAGCAUACGCUCAACCUGGAGCAGUUUUCCCUACAAGUAAUUGUAGUUUUGAAUACGGUAUUAGUAAUUCGAAAUGUCUUUGGAGUAAUGUUGUAUAUCCGUGGGAUAACUAUGAUUGGAUUGUCCAUUCUGGCUCAACACCUAAUUAUGGUACUGGACCAAGUUUUGACAGAAAAGGAUCAACGACAGGAAAGUACCUUUACAUGAGAGGAUAUUAUUCGAUGGGAUCCAAAAGUUGGCUAGUUAGCAACUACUUUAAUUCAUCAACGAAGUGUUUUACUUUCUGGUAUCAUAUGUAUGGAUCAACUGUUGGUUCACUAAAUAUUUACGAGCAAUCCAUGGGAAUGGAAAUGAGACCUUUAUGGACAUUAAGUGGCAAUAAGGGAAAUAUCUGGAUGAGGGGCCAAGUGACAGCCAAUUUCAGUUUUGAAAUGAAAACCAGGAUCAUUGUUGAAGGUGUAAACGGAUGGACUAGCUCCAGUGACAUCGCUCUUGACGACUUUCACUUCAUAGACGGACCAUGUGAUAUACUUCCACUAAGUGCAAAACCUCCAAGCUUUGGCAUCCCUAUAAACAUUUGUCCAUCACGAACUAUUACGCUUUCUAAAGGACAUAUUGUGUCACCAAAUUACUAUCCACGUUACUAUCUCUACGCAAGAUGUACACUGACGAUUAAACAACCCCUUAAUACAAUCUUCAACUUCAGUUUUUCUAAUAUCUCUCUUGACUCUUAUUUAAUCGGUAAUAAAACAAGAUGCGCAGAUUCUCUCACUAUAUCUGGUGGAACUUCAAGACAAUUUUGUACCAAUACGACGUCCAUGACAUUUUUACCUCAAACCAGUGUUGCGGUUUUGACGUUCAGCGCUUAUUUGAACAGACGGUUUGAAGGUUUUGCUCUUGACUUCGAUACUAUCAGGAGUGAUAACCAACCUCCUGCCUUCAGUGUCUGUUCUAACAAGACAAUAUCCAGUAACGUUGGUCGUAUUUACUCACCUGGGUUCCCCUUUGGCUACAACUCUAGCUUAAGAUGUAGUGUUACUGUGAUGAUUCCUCAGGACAAAUCCUUAGAAAUUGUAGUCAACUAUAUGGACAUAUAUAGGAAUUAUUAUUCUGGGUGCAUUUAUGACGAGUUGGUCAUAUCAGAUGGAUCAACUUCUAAUUCUACGUGUGGAAAGUCAAUUGUGAAUAGUCGCCCAAUUUUCUUUACCAAAGAAAAUAUUAAUGUCAGUUUUCGUUCCGCUCCCUGGAGUAAUAGUUUAUCCGGUUUUCUACUGACAUACAAAAUUAUUGAUGGAGUGGAUAUUCAUUGUACAUUUGAAAACAACUGGUGCAAUUUUACAAAGAUUGGGGAUUGGAAGCGAGUCAUGGGAUCAAACUUGGGCAACUGGUCGAUAGAGGAUCAUACAAUUGGCAACAGUUAUGGUCAUUUUGUGAUCUUGGAAACAUCUAUCUUGGAAAAUGUAAAAUAUGGAAUCAUUAAAAGAAACCUUACUGCAAACGGAAAAUUAGCAUGUUUGAAUUUUUGGUAUCAAAGCUACGGAUAUACAUCAAAUGUUUUAAAGGUUUUUGUACUAGUUAAUGGACGAAAGCUUCUGUUAUGGAAAAGCACGUUGGGUACAACAACUUCUUGGGAAAAAGGAAGGACGACAAUUUAUUUAAACUAUAAUCGUUUCUCUAUAAUUUUUGAAGCUAUGGUAAAUUCAUAUCCUGGUUAUAUUUCCUUGGAUGAUAUUCUUGUUGAUAUUGGUGAAUGCAACAGUCCUGGUGACUGUAGCUUUGAAAAUGGAAUAAGCAACUCAAAAUGUCUGUGGAGAAAUGUUGGUUUUCCGCUUGAUAAUUAUAACUGGAUUGUCCAUUCUGGUUCCACAUCAUACUACGGCACUGGUCCUAGUUUUGACAGAAAAGGAUCCACUACAGGAAAAUACAUUUAUAUGAGGGGAAACUACGGAAGUAUAGGUUCUAAAAGCUGGCUGGUUAGCAACUACUUUAAUACAUCAAGAAAAUGUUUCACAUUUUGGUAUUAUAUGUAUGGAUCAACUGUUGGUUCCCUCAAUAUAUACGAACAAACUAUGGGAAAAGAAAUGAAGCCUUUGUGGACUGUAACUGGUAACAGAGGAAAUUUUUGGCUCCAAGGUCAAUUAACAAUCAACUUUACCAUUGGAUCAAAAAUUAGGAUAAUUGUUGAAGGAGUUCGAGGAUGGAGUAGUUCCAGUGACAUUGCUCUUGAUGAUUUCAAAUUUUUGGAUGGAGCUUGUGAUAUACUUCCGCUAACUGCCAAACCUCCACGCUUUGGCAUCCCUAUAAACAUUUGUCCAUCACGAACUAUUACGCUUUCUAAAGGACAUAUUGUGUCACCAAAUUACUAUCCACGUUACUAUCUCUACGCAAGAUGUACACUGACGAUUAAACAACCCCUUAAUACAAUCUUCAACUUCAGUUUUUCUAAUAUCUCUCUUGACUCUUAUUUAAUCGGUAAUAAAACAAGAUGCGCAGAUUCUCUCACUAUAUCUGGUGGAACUUCAAGACAAUUUUGUACCAAUACGACGUCCAUGACAUUUUAC